CUCACCCGGCGGCGGCGCGAGGCGGCUGCGUGUUUCCGGAAGACGUGGCCGUCGCAGCUGCUGCUGCCGCCUCUGUUGCUGCUGCUUCUCUGCCCCGAGCCCGCCGCCACCAUGAUCUCCCUCUCGGAUACCCAGAAGAUUGGAAUGGGACUAACAGGCUUUGGAGUGUUUUUUCUUUUCUUUGGGAUGAUACUCUUCUUUGACAAAGCUCUUUUGGCUAUUGGAAAUGUUUUAUUUGUGGCUGGCUUGUCUUUUGUUAUCGGUUUAGAAAGAACAUUUAGGUUCUUCUUUCAAAAACACAAAAUGAAAGCAACGGGCUUUUUCCUGGGUGGUGUGCUCAUAGUUCUCAUUGGUUGGCCUUUAAUAGGAAUGAUCCUUGAAAUUUAUGGGUUCUUCCUAUUAUUCAGGGGGUUCUUUCCUGUGGUGGUUGGCUUUAUUAGAAGAGUUCCAGUUCUUGGAUAUCUCUUGAAUUUACCUGGUAUAAGCUCGCCUACGUAGGCUCAGAAGAGAACCCACAGUAAUGCUUGUAGAUAAAGUCGGAGAAAGCAACAACAUGGUAUAAUGACAAGAGGGAAGAAGACCGAUUCUAAACUUAUUGUAUUAUUUAUAAAAUCCUUUUGAAGAAUACUCAGCACAAAGAUUAAGUUGUGUACAAAGGAAAAGCUUGUUACAUUCUUUACAUAACAGUUUAAUUUAAAAUGUAUAGUCAACAAUAUACAUUAGAAAAGAAGCUCAGCAAGUACUCUUCUAGGAAAGUAACUCCAGAGUUCAGGAACUAAAUUGAAGAGGUGAAAGUCAUGGAAUAACCCAUGUUACAAAUGUUCAAGACUCUUUCUUGGUUUUGGAAAACAUGCUAGAGGCAAUGAACCCUUGUGGAAUUAAUGGUGCCUGUACUCUGCCUCCUUAUUUUGAAGGUGCAGUAGAGCAAACAGGCCUACAUUUUUAAGGGUGAUCCAGACUUAGCCGGCCCUCUGCUUGCUAUCCUCAGAGUGCAAAAAAAAUACCCUAGAAAAAUUCUUGUUUAACAAGAGAUGCAUCUUUGCAUGAAGGUUGAGAUGACUAUUCAUCUUAAAGGUUAUUAUGACAAGAAAAAGGAAGCCCUACACGGUUCUGCUGUAAACAUUUUUGUAAAUAUGUGGCUGAAAUAAAACAUUGUUAUCUUAAUGUUUCAAAGCCAAAUGUAAGUUGAUUGUAUUUGCCUUCUGUUUCGGAAUAUGCAAAAAGGUCAAUCUUUAAUAACUUCAGUCUUAAAUGUUGGUUCUGAACAUGUAGAGCUCAACAGGAAACUCUGGAGACUGACUUGCACUCCUUCCAGUUUGUUCUCCGUGGUGAGAAUGUAGCCCCUUGUCACUAAUAUGAAAACUUUGUGAAAUGUGCUUAGUUCACAAGAAAAAUGCGUUUGAUUAAGGUGCUGACAUGAACCCUGUGAAAUGUAUCUUAUCAAAAUUUGAACCUUUGUUUUUAAAUAGGUUAAAGCUAAGGUUUCUUUGUUUACUCUGGAACUAUAAAUUGACUUAUUUUUUACAGUAAUAAAAUGAAAACAAAGUUCUGUGUAUGUGAGUCUCUGGGGAGAAAAUUGAACUAAUGGGGCUAACUAAAGAUCAAGUGCCAAUCUCCAUAUGUUUUGUAACGUUGCUUGGGUUAUUUUCAAAUAAGUUUUAAGUGGCUGUCGGUCACAGCAACAACCUUGCUGUUGCAGAGAUUCUUAGCUAAGGUGGAAUAAACACCUCCUACUAAUGCAAGGGUCAUGUUUCUGUUUCUAUUGGAAUGUUAAAGAUUGUGCACUUUCAAUAGACUUAGUUACAUAGUGUCCUCACCAAACAAAACAUAAUCAUUAAGUAAAUGGUGUUUGUGCAGGCUUUGGGAGUUUCUGUUGUGUUUACCUUUUCCCUUCAACUUAAUGCUAAAAAAAACUACCAAAAUGCAAUGGUAGCAUUUCAAGUAGCUAUGUAGUCUUAAAGGUCUAAUUACUUUUUUUUUUCUUUAUUAUCUAGUUAAAAUUGGUAUUUUCCUAAAUAACUUUGAAGUUAAGAACAAUCCUUACCUACCAAUCCUUUUGGAAGUUGCUAUUAAGUUUAUUUAUGUAAGACGUGUUUUAUUUUCAUUAAAACUGUCUAAAUAGCCACAAUCUACGAUUCUCAAUGUUUAAUUCACUUCCUUCUCUAACAGGCACAAAAUGAUUCAGUGAAAAAAAAAAUGCUGUUAUAUUUAAAAAGAAUAGCAUCUGAAAAAUCAGCGUUUUUAUUUUAUAAAUGGAAAAAAAAUGGCUAUAUUUGCCUGACAAUGUGUAUUAUAGUUUACAGGUGGGACUAAAUGACUUGUGGCUUCUACCUCAAGAGAUAAACCAAUUUUAACUGCUCCCAUAGAUCUGUUGUGUGUUUAAAAUUACUAUAGAAUAGCACUACAGCAUUUUAGCAGACUCUUGCUUGCUUUGGUAGAGCACUAGUUUGUACUGUGGGAAUCAAGUACUGUUUAAAGCAGACAGCAUUCAUCAUUUAUAUUAGAUGUCAGCUACCGGGAGAUUUUUUUUGUUGUUGUUCCUAUCUUUUGAAAAGUGAUGUGAAACGUGGAUUCCACCCUUAGACUGUGGAGCUCUGACUGAAAGCAAAUUGCUUGUUAAGCUGAAGUACCUUCAUCAACAAGAAAGCUGAUGAUAUCUUUCAGAGGUGAUUAAUAUGUUGCUGUAUAAGAUCUUUUGCCCUCUGAAAUGCCAGGAUAUAGGCAGUUCAUAUCACUUCCAUUUAAUUCAUUGUUUUAAAUCAAAAGUCAAUUUCUGUCAGAUGUGAAUUGUUGUGAAAAGCUUCUGAGGGAACAAAUUUGUAUGUUGAAUUUAGCAUAGUCUUUGUCCCUCAAGGUAAUGUUGUCUUUGAGACAGUUUUGCCAGGAUAAAUGUGAGUGGCAGCAAAGGUCAAAAUGACUUAGCCUUAAAGUGUUUCUGUCAUUGUAAAAGUAUCUUUACAGAAACAUGCUUGGAACAUUUCACCUUUUAAAUGUAAUUUCUAAUCGCUGCUUUAAAAAUCAUGAGGAUGGAUCUUACUCUGAGCAAAUGAAUACUGUAAAUAUCCUUGUCAUACCUUGAAUA